CUGCUUAGAUGGGUACAAUAUACUGCAGCCAAGCGACAUGGAAUCGAAAUAAAAGACUUUGGAUCAAGUUGGAGAAGUGGCAUUGCCUUCCACUCAAUAAUCUAUGCAAUUCGUCCAGAACUGGUGGACAUGGAGAAACUUAAAGGAAGAAGUAAUCGGGAGAAUCUGGAAGAAGCUUUUUCAAUUGCAGAAAUUGAGCUGGGGAUUCCAAGACUCUUAGAGCCUGAAGAUGUUGAUGUUGAUAAGCCUGAUGAAAAGUCCAUCAUGACAUACAUCGCUCAAUUCCUCAAACACUAUCCUGAUCUUCACAGCUCAGCAGGGGAUGCACAGCAAGAUGACAAGGAAGAAAGACUGAUGCUUCGAGACUUAAAAGUUUGGAUCGAACAGUUUGAACGAGACAUCAUCAGAGCGCAAACAGUUGAAAGCAGCUUACAAGACAAAUAUCAGACAUUUAAACAAUAUAGAGUCCAGUAUGAAAUGAAAAGAAAGCAAGUUGAAAGUGUUUUUCAUCCAUUGAGCAAAGAUGGAAAAUUAUCACUUGAUCAGACAAUGCUGAAACAAGCAUGGGAUAAAGUUUCCGCAAGGAUUCUUGAUUGGCAUGUACAACUUGAUAAAUCCCUACCUGCUCCUUUGGGAACUAUUGGCUCCUGGUUAUAUCGAGCAGAGGUUGCACUCAGGGAAGAAAUUAUCAUUCAGCAAUCUCAUGAUGAAACAGCAAAUAUCGUACACAGAAAACUAGAGCAACUCAAGGACAUACUGAAGAAUCUGGAUGGUUAUAAAAAGGCUUUCCAGGAGAUCCACCGCUCACGGUCUGUAAACGGAGUCCCAGUCCCAAUAGAGCAAUUGGAAGACAUGGCAGAAAGGUUUAGUUUUGUUGCCUCGUCUUCCCAGCUUCAUAUCAUUAAAUUGGAAUUCAUGGAGUUAAAGUAUCGUCUUUUAGCACUUUUAGUCUUAGCAGAAUCCAAGCUUAAGUCAUGGAUCAUCAAAUAUGGAAGGCGAGAGUCUGUUGAACUGCUUCUGCAAAAUUACAUUACGUUUAUUGAUGGCAGUAGGUUCUUUGAGCAAUAUGAGUUUACCAGCCAAUCUCUUAAGCAAGCAGCUGAGAUCUAUGUUAAAGCUGAAGGAUCAGCUGAAGAAGCUGAAAGCGUGACAAAGUUUUUACAUGAGACUACAAUCCAGUGGAGGAACUUAUCGGUGGAAGUCAGAAGUGUCAGAAGCAUGCUUGAGGAAGUCGUUUCAAACUGGGAUAAAUACAGUGGUACAGUGGCCAGUUUACAAGCUUGGCUGGAGGAUGCUGAAAAGAUGCUUGACCAGCCAGAGCAUGCCAAAAAGGAGUUUUUUCGCCAUUUGCCUCACGUGAUCCAGCAACACGCGACAAUGAACGACUCUGGAAAUUUUCUGAUUGAAACUUGUGAUGACACAGUGUCUAAGGACAUCAAGCAACAACUUCUAUUGCUGAAUGGCCGUUGGAGAGACCUGUUUGUGGAAGUUAAGCAUUAUGCUAGAGCAGAUGAUUUUCAGCGGGCAAAGAAGGAAUAUGCGGAAGGUUUGAUAGCACUGGCAGCAUUUGCAGAAGGAGGCAAUGAAAGAAUUUCCAUCCCUCUGGAAGUGUCCUUUCUAAAUGUCAAGAUGUUUGUUCAAGAUUUAGAGGAUAUUAAACAGAAAAUGCCAAUCAUAGAAGCCCAGUAUAAGUCAGUGACAAGGAUGGCUCAGCUUCUUACAAAGGAAACUCCACCAUCUGAAGCCAGUGAGAUGUUGGCAGCUGUAGCAAGAAUCAAGGACCAACUAAAUCGAAUAAGAGAGAGAUAUCCUCCACUAUUGUAUGAAUCGCAACAACUUCUUAUGCCACUUGGAGAGUUCGAGAAUCACAUGACCAUUUUUUAUGAGACUCUUGAGAAACUAACUGGAAUUAUCUCAAUGUCAGACAUGGAGUUGCAAUCCACAUCUGUUCUUAAACAGAAGCAGCGGGAGCUAAUAACAUAUCAAGAGAGCUGUAAAAAAGCCUUGGCCAUAAUUGAGAAGAAUGGCCAAGCUGUACACAAAGCACUGACAAUCAGCAAAUCAAUGCACCAUUUUGACCGAUCUCCUCUGCAGAAGAAAAUAACAGAUGCUCAGUCCGCUUUUCAGACCAUGGUAAAGAAAAUAUCGGAGUGGAAAAAAAUGGUAGAGUCCAACAGCAGCCUAAUGAAGAAGUUUGAAGAGUCUAGAGCGGAACUUGAGAAGGUCUUGAAAACAGCAGAAACAUACUUGAAAGAGAAGGGAAACCCAGAAGAAUUGCUAAAGAAGCACACUGACUUUUUUGGUCAGUUAGAUCAGAAGGUUCUUAAUGCUUUCCUGAAAGCUUGUGAUGAACUUACAGAUAUCCUGCCAGAGCAAGAACAGCAGCCACUUCAAGAAACUGUCAGGAAAUUACACAAACAAUGGAAGGAUUUUCAAAGUCAAGCUCCCUACCACUUAUUACAUCUGAAAAUUGAGCUGGAAAGAAAUAGGAUUCUAGCCUCAGUGGAGGACUGCAGAGCAGAAUUGACUCGGGAAAACAAAAUGCUUCCAAUAGAUGGCAGUGAGAAGAUUUUGAAAGAACACAGGGCUUUCUUUGGUGAGAAAGGGUGCUACCAGCUGUGUGAGAAGAGGCUGAGACUAAUUGAAGAGCUGUGUUUAAAAACUGCAGGAGAGAGACCCCAUAAAAGGAGUUUAUGAAAGCAGUAAAGUGGUACUAAAAGACAUGAAAACUCAGAUUGACAAUACACAUCUAAAGCUGAUGGAACAUCCAGACAAGUGGAAGGAUUUCAGAAUCAGGCUAAAAGAAGUGUCAGAUUGGCUGGCAGCAAAGAAAAA